GACAUAACCAACCAAGCAAGCGACAAAAGGCGUGGUAGGUAGGUUAUUCGGAACACACGGCACUAUUGGACACCUCAACUCGUACUUGAGAUGGAGGAGCGGGAAGGCAGCCGAUCCAGAGAAAUCUACGAUAGGUUGGCCAUUUCAAGCUUGGGAGAAAUUCCAGAGCUUGGCUCACUUGGCGUCGGGUUGUUGAAGUGGCCCUUGCCAAUGUCGUCACUUUUUCUCUUGGCACUCCGCUCGCUUCCCUUCGUCUCGUUUGGACAUGGAUUGUCCUGGCGUCGCAGGUACGUUGGAGGUGCUCGCUUCUGUUAAGGCCUUGACGGUGUGCUUCGGGAUCUACAGUACCGUCUGUCGCCUCACUGCCCGAGUGUUUGCCUGGAAAACGAAACGAAAAACACCCGGACUGCUUGGCUGGUGCCAGCCUUAUCUGAGCAAUCCACAUGCAAGGUACUCGGUACUUUUGACUUGGGCGUAUUUUCUGGACUGCCUCAAGCGCGCAUUCCCCCUUCCUUUGCGAGCCUGCCUUGACUGCAGUGAGUGCUCUUCGCUUCGGCACCAUGCCUUCCUUUGCCUGUCCGUGUCUUGAAGCACCGAGGCUCCUCAGCAAAAGGGAGGGGCCGCCGCACACAAUUUCAAGGGCAGCGACGAUCACGGAGAAGUGAAAACCAAACCGAAAAGCAAUUUCAUUAGGUCCCCGUUCAUGUCCGUGUUUCGCACGCGACAUGCCGACUUCACCCACCUCCCUCCCAGGCACUUCAAGUAGCCGCUUGCAGAUUUCACCCGCGCCUGCCAGGCCCAUCCCUUCAGCACAUGAGUCCAUGAUGCCGAGAUCUUCGACACAACAAAGAACCGCAGCGCUGGAUUCCGGAAGCUGGAGCUCGCAACGGGCGGACUUACUCCGCUCUUCAGCUCUCAGGGUCCAUUCGUCUCGUCUUCGAUUAUUCGCACACUCGCAAGAGUCUCCGAAAAUGACUGUCCAUCAGGCGGGUUGUUAGGUGAUUUACUCCACUCUUCAGCUCUCACGGAUCGUCUCGUCUUCCAGUCCCGGCAUCUUCCAUUCGUCUUCAGAUGGAGGUCUCGCGCCUUCCUGUGGCUUUCGUGGACAUCUACCCCUUCCACUUUCACGAGCCUUGGGCCUCCAUCCUUCCUUCACCCAUAAGACUUGCCCUCUGGCGCCGUAGCUAUCUAGGCAAGCCACAGCAGCCAAUUCACACGCGUGCUAACAGAGAGAGACUCGUCUGUUCCAUCAAAGAACAAAUUACAUGGGCUGAUGGUGUUACCGCUCUGCAAGGACUGCCCUUUAAAGAGACUUCUGCUUACCAUCUCCAAACAAACCAAAAAUGGGAGGGCUGCUCAUGAGCCUCGCUCGAUUGAGAGACUUGCGUUUCUCUUCGGCCAUAAUCAACAUAACCAAAGCAAGGGGGCGUGAUGCACAUCCAGUGUUACGCAUCUGUUGCUUCCCACAGAUAUGACUGACCCUGAAAAGUUUCAGCUUGGCCUUUCCCCUUUGUAUAUCUCAUGUUGCCUUCUUCACCAGCCUUUCGACCUUUUCGGGACCCGCACACUGCCUGAUAUCUACACUACACAGGCCUAAACGCUCUGGGUGAACACGAAGCAGUGACACACUAUUCGAGGUAAUACGAGGGCACGCCUCUACUCAACCUGCAUCACGUAUGGUGUACGCUAGGACAAAGUAGUGCGGGGGUUGUAUGUGCACCGGGCAUGUUGAAUUCUCGAACGACAUUCCGAAUCAAUCCCACCCACCAUCCAUCGUGAAAGUACGGAGUAAAAUGUAUACUAUCUUUCAUACUUACGAUUCUGAGCCAGUUAUGAUUGUUAAA